UACCUCGAUCUGGCACCAGCCCGCAGCAUUACCUCACCGCGCGUGCUUGGAUUGUUCUGCGGUCCUUGAACCUCCCAGGUCAACAGCAUUGCCACACGAUUUUUUUUCCCAGGGAACGACCUACGCCACGCGCUCCAGCUUUUGCCUGCGCCCGACCACGAUUUCACCUUGCGCGGUGCACAAAGCCUAUCGCUUUCAUUCGCGUGCCCUUUCUCCCUCCAGGUCGCACGCUGCACACCGUUCAAGACCUUCCAGCUCGCGGCACUACUUGACUCGAGAUCGCUCUAGGGCCCGCUAGCUUUGCUGAGGGUCCAGCUCUUCUUUGGUCUUUCUAGCCAAUUUGCGAAUUAUCAAGGCCCCGGCACCAUUGUACCGACGCCAGUGCAGGCUACUAGCACAAGCAGCAGCGAAGGAGCCGCUCUGCAAAUCAUCCGCAGCAUCGCCCUGAAAGGUUCCCCUUCGUCAUCGGCCUUCCUUGAUUUGGAUCUGGGUGGCCACGGUCCGUUGUCCGCCUUUUUGUACUUAGUUCGCCGUGCCUAGCCCUACGACGAGCUAGUCCCUCCAUUCGACGGUCUUGAAGCGUGAUAUGUCCACUGGCUUCACGUCCUCUACUCCUGCGCAACCAACCAGUCCAUCCUCCCCAGGUGCUAAGCUUGCCUUUCACCUGCAGAACGGUCAUACACAGCAUAUGGACGGUAGACAGACGGAGUACCCGCAGUCAGGUUUGAGCCCACCCUAUCACGCAUACAACGACCACCAUUCUGAAGGAACGUCUGCAGAUCAAGCGUCUGCUGCUCAGUAUUCGCAAGGGCAGGAUCCACGAUCCGCAAACUUUUCCUCAUCCGCUACUCCUACCUCUGAGUACGGACUUCCUCCGUCGUCUGCGCGUUCAGGCUCGUUUCCGGAGUACAUUCAACGCCAGCACUACCCUCCAGCCGGUCAAGGCACACAGGCAGGAGGUAUGGCGCAAGCUACAAAUCCAUCGAUCGCAGCGGCGAGCCCUACAUACCCUCCUCCGCACCAGCCAUACUCUCCCUACCAAGCGCAGCACGAGAUGGGCCAUUAUUCCACUGGCCAUCCUGGUGUUUACGGUCGACCUGACUGGGCGGGUGGACAAUAUCAGACUCCACCACACAUGGGUCACUACGGCGCGACUUCCUCAGGUCCGCCGACACCAUCGAUGGUCUCGCCAGUGCAGCGACCACCAACGGGCGGACAUCCUUUGUCCACUGUCUAUUCAUUCGUCCCAAUCCCUGGUGCACAGCAGCACAAGCGCCCGCGCCGGCGAUACGAAGAGAUAGAACGCAUGUACAAGUGCGGCUGGAACGGCUGCGAGAAAGCGUACGGCACACUCAACCAUUUAAAUGCUCACGUCACCAUGCAGUCCCACGGACCAAAGCGCACUCCGGAAGAAUUUAAGGAAAUCCGCAAAGAGUGGAAGGCGAAGAAAAAGGAGGAGGAAGCACAGCGAAAGGCCGAGGAGGAGCGACAACGCCAGGCUGAUCCUCGCAGCACUGAGCAGCAUGACCAGAAUGCGCAGUACGGUCAGAUGCGAACAACUCUCGGGCCUCCUCCAAACAUGGGCGGCCCUCAGUUACCGCCCAUCGGCUACCCGCCGCAGCAGGGUGGCCCGCCGUCGCAGCCUCAGUAUGGCCAACCGCAGCCUAGCCCUGGAAUGGACUCUAUGGGACAUUACCCUCAAUCACCCUAUGGUCAAAGCAACCAGGUGUACCAACAGCGUUAGGAGGACACUAAGUAUCAGAAUUAUCAACAGUAAAUUCUCAUCCCGGUUAUUCGAGGUCACGCAUCACAUCAUGAGGAUUUCACGCGGAGCGGGCGGCAAGGUUUUUGCAGACUUAUGACAUGCUCCAUGUUGUGGUUGCAUGUGUGGCGCACACAGAUGUUUUUUUUUCGUUUUGCAUUAUACUGGUAGCCUGAGCGGUGUUUGCGGAUUUGAUCGUUGUGGGGCAGUGACGGCCGGGUGUGUAUGAUUUUGACGACCGUUUCCUAUUCCUAGGUCACGGACGGCUUCUCAUUUUCUAGUGGAGAGUUUGAUCUCACUGCUGAAAGAACAGCUGAGGACGGCCUUUUUUUUUCUAGGAGGUUUGGUGCUGCACCGCAAAAGCGUAUCGCUACCCGUCUAGCACAAAUUCUCUCUCCCCCACCCCCCCUCCCCCUUUUCUUUCCCCUCCCACCCCAUCUCUCCACGAUUUCACUUCUAGUCUGUUCUCCGACUGCAUAGGUCGGCGCUAUGAAACGAUUUUGUUAAAUUGGACCAUUAUUUGAAGAAGAAAUGUCAUCAGGGGAUAACAUCGUCGAGUUUCGCAGAGGAGGAAGAGGUGUUGGCUCCCGUCAAGUGACAUUUUGGUCACACUCACUCUGCGGCAUUAGCACUCGUGCAUUAGUGUACAAAUACAACUAUCGUUAAGAUUUGUUCAGCUACCUGCGAAGACGCGUCUCUGGGUUCUGUCGUGUCAAGACAUUUUCGGC